CAGUAACUCGUAUGGGUCCGUAGAGUCAGAGCAGAGAGAGCAGAGAGAGCAGGGUUAUAGAGCAGAGAGAGCAGGGUUAUAGAGCAGGUUAGAGGGGAUCUGUGGGUUCAACUAGUGAGCAAUCUCUCAAUCUCUGAGAUCACCACAACACAGACAUGUCGGGGGAUAACGAGGAAACACAGACUGCGGAGGAGACACCAGUAGACGACAGCAAGGAUGUUCAGGACAAGGUGAUCAGUCCUGAGAAGUCAGAGGAGGCUAAACUGAAGUCCAGAUACCCAAAUCUAGCAAAUAAACCCGGGGGCUCUGACCUGCUUCGCAAACGCCUCCAGAAGGGGCAAAAGUACUUUGACUCUGGCGACUACAACAUGGCUAAAGCCAAGAUAAAGAACAAGCAGUUGCCGACAGCUGCGCCAGAGAAGACCGAGAUCACAGGGGACCACAUCCCAACCCCCCAGGACCUGCCCCAGAGGAAACCUUCCCUGGUGGCCAGUAAACUGGCAGGCUGAUGCACACACAGCCUCGACAGCCCCUGCAGUAACCUCCCAGCCCUAACCUUCUCCGCUCAAGUCUCAGAGCUGUAACAUUUCCUCUCCCACCCCUCACAGUAUCUCUCCCCUUCCUCUGCCUUCUCCCCACCCAACAGGAACCCACACCUAGCACCCGGAGAACUGGCUAGUCGAUACCUUCAAAUCCUGUUUAUUUCUGUUUCCACCCCAUCUGGCCCUGCCUCUACUGCCUCCUAUCCUUGUUGUUUUUCCCUCGGUACUUUUUAUUUUCUCUUUACAUUAAUGUAAGAUACACUGAAUGACGGGAAGUCCAAGUGUGAGUGUGAUGAGCGGGUUAUAACGCCUCAGAAUGACUGAUACCACGGUGUUUACUGACUGAAUCUGAGUCUUGUAUGGUUAGAGGGCUUUAGUGUGAACAUCAGGAUCACUUAGCUUGGAAGUGUGUGUGUGUAUAUACAUAUAAAUAUAUUUCCUUUUGUGUGGCACAGGGGCAGAUGUCAGCCUUUUAGAAACAUUUUACAUCAGAUUUGUAUCAUUCACUGUAUGUCCUUAUUCUAAAUCAUGCUGUCAAUAUGCUUUCGAUUUACUGAAUAUAGUAAUCCAGAGCAGAGGCCAAGCUCAGUUUUGUUAACACUUUUGAUUGUGAAUCAUGGGAGGAAGCUGUACUAAACAGUGAAGGCCAGAGUGUGGUAUGGAACUGCAUGUGUGACGCAGGGCUCCCAAAGGCAAACCUCACUGAGCUUUAUUUUAAUUCAUCAAGGUGCGCUGAACACAGACAUUUACACAGGAAGCUCAGGUGCGGCGUAUCAGCACUGGGUGGCAUGUAGAUAAUGCAUUCAAGACAACUUUGAGGAGUGAAAGAGGAGGAGAUGUUGCUUCAGUUUGAACUGCUAUGUUAUUGAAAGUUUGCACUGUAUUAGUGGUGUGCCAUCCAUCUCAGUCAGAUGAUGACAGUCUUCUCCUUAGGUCAAUAUUCCUGGCUACAAGUUGUCAUGAAUGGAACAUCACCAUGCUAGAAGACGAGGUACAGGAGUACAUGGGACCUAAAAGCUAAAUUUCUGUCAGUAGGGAUCAGUCUUUGUGUCCUGUAUGCUGUGUGAGUAGACUCAAUUUAUGGGAAAACAUGUACUGGGAGCAGCUCUUGGCAAUGGGAACAAAUGAUGUCAUGAAUUGUGUUCAGACUUGAGAAAAACCCUUCUAUACUCAUAAGUUGAAGUAGUUUUUAUCUUAAAAAUGUCCCUGGCCCUGUAUAGUGCUUUUCCAGGGUCUUUAUUGACUGGAUGAAGUUUACCUGCGACGCAGUAAAUCGAAGCUAGCACAACAUCCGUCUGAGCUGUGCAUGUAUAUGGCUGCCCUGCUGUCAUUUUGUGCCAUUUUGUUUUGUAAAUAAAAUAGUUUUGCACAAAUGUUUAA